UCGUCAGGAAGUAAAAGGCCGGGAUGGUUCGCGAGCAGCUGGUGGUCCGUCUCAACGACAGGGAGUACAAAAACUGGCUGAAAGCCGGACGAUGUCUGCUCAUCCUGAAGGACGGCCUCCAUCCCUUCAUCGGCCAGCAGAUGAGAGCCUUCCACGGAGAUCUGCUCAAUCAAAACCCUCUGCUACGGAAGCCCUGUGAGACUUCUUCAUGCAAACCGAAAGGGAAUAAGCUUUCCCGGUUGUGUAGGCUCUGCACUGCGUGGCAGACAGCGAUCCUGAGACACCACAGACAACCCGAUGCCACCGUGAACUGGGACAACUGCUUCCCUCCCUCCUGGAGAACAGACCCCUGGGAAGUGGCCAAGGCCUACAUGCCCCGUGGUCAGGGGAAAGUGAAGGGGGCAGAUCAGUGCGAUGCCUCUGCUUUGCUCAACCUCAUCAACUACUGUGACCGCUUCCAGUUUGUGGAUCCAAAAUUUGUGAGAGAGGUGAUCCGAUACAGGAAUGAGUUAAUGCAUUCUUGUGAGUUGCGUAUGAAAGACGAAUGGAUGCGACAUUACCAGACCAGUCUGAAACACUUGGUGCAGCAGUUCAGCCACAUACCACAGAUGGCAAAGGUUGGACAAGAGAUAGAUAAGAUGCUGGCUGUUGAUUUGUUAAUAUGUGUCUCUGGUGUGGACCAACUGGACUCUGGUGACUUGGAUGGAUUAGAGUGUGAUUCUGUCCACCAAGGGGAGCCCAGUGCCAACUUAAUCAGCCAAUGGGAAGCUGAGUUGCUACAAGAGAGGUUGCAGGAAUUACUGCAUGCCGAUGAUAAUGAUGAUACAAAGACACAGGAUGCUGAGCAGUUGAGGGGGCUGGGUGGUUUCCUGCAGGCCAACAGCGAUUUGGGCGAGAGGUUUUCUGCAGAGCUCCAAACCAUCAACUCACUGGAGGCCAGAAAAUAAGAGGAAGGAAGAGGUGCCUCCUGACCUUUUAAUGGCUGACAGCAGCUCCAGUCCAGUGCAAUAUGAUGGGAGAUUGCUUUUGUAUUUUUCUUAAAAAAUUGGGGGGAAAAAACCCAUAAAACAGCCAUUGUAAAAUACAUCAGGGGCAAAAUAAUUGAAUGAAAUGUUGAAUUACGUGUCAAAUAUUAAUUUAAAAAUGAAAGUAAGUGCACUAAGCCAAUGGAGGAAAGAGGGAGGUUCAGAUGGAGGAAUAAGAAAAAUAAGAUAGAAGAAAAGUGAGAGGGGGGAACAAGAAGAUGAAAACGACAAAUGUUGGAAGGUUAAAUGAAAAAUUGUCACAGCUAGUGACAUUGUAGCAGCCAAUUGUCUUAUUUUGAAUAGCCAUUAAAAUAAGUGAUAAGACAUAUGGAAAGGAAGAAAGAACGCAGCAUUAGGAGCAGGAAAAGUACACAAUCGAAACAUUUAAUGUGCAUUCAAUUACUCUCAUUCUUUCAUGUUAAGCAUUUGUACCCACUUUGACCUUGAGAUUUUUUUUUAUGGUUUGAUUCUGGAACUUUUUUUUUUUUUUUUUUACUGCCCACAUUUGUUUUCCUGCUUUGAAAGGUUUUAAUUUGCAUAAUGUUUCUAUGUUAUUUGCUUAUUUCCACCGUAACUCCCACAGCAUCCCCUCGGGUAAUCGAACAAAAACACAGGUCUAUCUCACCUCCUCACUCUGUCCGUACUGAUGAAGAGAAGCGAGUGAGCCAUAGAUAGGCCGUGGCAGUCCACAACAGAUAACGGAUGUAUAGUGUCGGUAUCUGUUGAAAAAAUGGCGUUGAGCAUUUAGAUUCUUGCUUAGUACACAGUGUAUUUAUUGUAUUUCUCAUGAAUGCGUAGGGCUCUAUUGCUAGGCUUUGUUCCAGCGCCACCUGGCGGACAUUGGGCAGAAUGUCUCCAACCUUUCCUCCCUCGUGAAACUAACCCUCAUUUACUGAUAGUUGUUUUCCUUCCUGAUGUUCCUCUCAGCACGUUAGGAACAGUUUAUGAGGCUUCUGCAGCUGGCUCUCUUCAAAAGUUACUACCUUUUUAGUAGGCAAAACGGUCUGGUGAAACGUAAAUAUGUGCUUUCUUUUGAACCAUGUACCCAGGACAUACCCAGAGCCAUGUCAACAUGAAAGGAAAAGCAGCUAAAUGUUAAAAGGAGUCCACCUUUGAUUCAGCAGGCCGCAUACAUGAUCUACGAUGUACGAUAACUGAGAGAUGGUGUUUCAUUCUGCUUGCACUCAUGUCAGUUUUCUCUAAUUAAAGAACCUUUACCUACUUUGGUAAAGUAUUUGUUGUGAAAAAUUUCUUAUCCUUGAAUAAAAGCUCAUAGG